GAAGUUAACAAAGCCCUCGAUCAAGUUUCCCAUAUGCACGGAGAAAUAGCUAGGUCGGAGUCCGAGAAGGCACAACUGAAAAUCGAACUUUCUAACCUCCAGUUUGAACUCAAAACGAUGGCAAGCAAGACUUUAAGUGAAAAGGAAAGAGAACAGAUGACUUCCAAGCGACGAGAAGAAGCCAUCAACCGAGAACGGCGGGAUUUUGAACGGCAAGUGAACGAAGCGCAGAAAUCCAAAGAGGAACUAAAGCAUUCUAAAGAGAAGGAGAUCGGAUUUUUGCAGAAAGAGCUUAGUACUGCUCAGGGAAUUAUUUUUUCCCUGCGCUCGGAAGUUGAAGAGUUACGCCGAAAGGGGACUGAAGGCAAUAUACGAUAUCUUAAGUUGACUGAGCAUCACUCUUGUGCAAUGGACUCUUAUAAGAAAAAGCUUGACGGUCUAACGGAAGCAAAGGAAAAGCAGUUCACGAAAUUGGAGGGCGAUCUGCGUCAUGAAAUGGAAAAGAAAUGCAAGGAACAGCGUGCAGAACUGGAACGCGACUUUAAAGUCAUUGAAGAUACCCUCGUGAAACAGACCAAUAUCCUUUCUGUCCAACUGGAGCUGGAGCAGCAGGCCCGAUUACAAUCGACGUCGAUCACGUCGGAAAGGCACGUGCAAACAGAGACUGCUCAACGGGAGGAUCUAGUCCGACGGGAUGCAACGGCGAGAUGGGGACUAGCCGGCAGUGCCAGCGUCGACGACGUCUCUAGUUUGAUCGGAAGUUCUGAGCUCUGGAAGGAGGAGUUGAAACUCCUGCGGGAUGCCACUCAAUUGGCCCAACAAGAGCUUAAGAAAGAGCGCGAGACGAAUGGUUCUCAAGCUGCAACAAUACGGUGCCUCGAAGAGAAGCUGAGAACACUUAUCACGGAACGAGCCGAAGAAACUAAGGCCUUCAGAAUGGCCGUGGAAGCAAAAGUCAAACAGGAGUGCUCCAAGUCCGAACAGCAAUUUCAAAUGACGUUGGAAAAGGAGAAGGCAGAAGCCCGAAGGCUGGCGACCGAAGCAGUCAGACGCUCUCUCGGACCACAACUCCUUCAGUACAAGAAAGCGGCCGCACAGGCGCAGAAGAAAAGUAGGGAACUGAGACGACGGCUUGAGGGCUUCUAUGACUCUGUUUUCAAAUUGACCAACAAGGAAUGCCGCAAACUUGCCAGCGUCCUUCAAGUUGACCUUGAACGGCCCUGUCUGCUGGACACUGAGUUGGCCGAAAUAGACAAUCUCGGAGAAAUUUUGCUAACGCGAAGGUAG